AUGCUGUCUCUCCUCCAACUCAUCCCUCUCCUCCCAUUCGCUGCGGCCGCGACGUACCCCCUCGUCGACAGCCACAAGGGCGAAACCUUUCUUGACGGUUUCAAGACCCCCUCCAGCGUAUAUGACAACACGACUUCCGGCGAUGUGUUCUGGGCCGCCAAGGGCAACUCGUCGGUCAUGUACCUCAACGAUGCUGGCCGCUACGUACUCAAGGUCGACAACACCUCCUUCGUCCCCUACAACGAGAAGCGCUUCGCGCCUUCGCUCCUCACCGAGCGCACAUACCCCGUCGGUUCCGUCUUCGUGAUGGACGCCGUCCACAUGCCUUACGGAUGCAGUGUCUGGCCCGCCUUUUGGACGCAGGGCGCAGCCUGGCCCGCUGGCGGUGAGAUCGACAUCAUGGAAGGUGUCAACGGCCAGACGGCCAACCAGAUUGCCCUCCACACGGACUCGGAUGGCUGCUACGCCUCCCAGGACGCGCAGAUGACCGGCCAGCUCCGCCUCGACAACUGUUCCGUCACCUCGAACGGCGGCUCGGGCUGCACCGUCGGCGACCCUAACACCAACAGCUACGGUGCCGACUUUGCCGCCGCCGGGGGUGGCGUCUAUGUGGCCGAGUACGCAACUGAUGGGAUUCGCGUGUGGUUCAAGAGCCGCGCCGACGUGCCCAAGGAAAUGACGGGCGAUGCACAGUCGCUCGACACGAGCAUCCUCGGUACCCCGACCGCCAAUUACCCGUCUAGCACUUGCGAUAUUGGCAAGUACUUUGCCGACCAGAUCCUCACCAUUACUAUCACGCUUUGCGGCGCUUGGGCUGGUACCCAGAGCGUUCUUGAGGCUACCUGCCCUCCGCUUGUGGGCACCAACACCUGUUACACGACUUAUGUUAUCAACGACGCAAGCGAGACGUACAAGAACGCCUACUUUGAGCUCAACUACAUUAACAUCUACUCGACCGCGGUCGAGCCCAGCACCACCAACUCUUCCUCGGGCUCGGCGUCGGGUUCCGCGUCGGGUGCUGCCACCGGCGGCGGCGCCAAGACGACCAGCACGGCCGGCGCGCGCCGUGCCCUCGACAUGCCUAUCCGUCUCGGCUGGGCUGCAGGCCUCACCGCCGUUCUUGGCGGCGCACUUGCGUUCAUUCUCUAA